CUUGUAGGGACUAGAGUAUUUCUGUUUCCACUCUAACAAUAAUAGCUCAGAAACCACAGUAAUUAUUGGUCAAGAAAAAGGACUUUGGUCUUGUAUUGGAUAUCUUUCAGUCUCUGACUUUGAAUCUGCAGCAGGUUUUGAAGUAUAGCAAUUGCUGAAAGAAAAUGUGGUAUUUUGGUUUUAAACUAGUGUUAAAAGCUAGAAAACUUUGUAGAAUCAGCUACAGAGUCAGAUUCCUUUGAGAAGUAGAUAAUAGGAGCUAGUGGUAAAUGAUUCUUUGUGUCUUUCUUUUGAAGAUUUUGAGCAGAAAUUCCUUUUUUGUUUUCUUAUCUUGUAAACACUUGUCAUUUGAGAGUCUAUGAAGCAACUAAAAGGUUCUUUCAUCUGGUGUUCUUCUUUUCGAGUUGAAAGUGGAAAAAGUUGGGAGCUUUCUUUGUUUUUCUUCCAGGUUUGAGCUCUAAAAACGACAUCUUUGUCUCCAAGUAAGUCAAGCACAAGAUGAAGUUUUUUUAUGUGGGUUUGGUGUUAUUAAGAACUUUUGUGUUUCUCUUAGUUUCUUUUUAGUCUCAUGGAGAAAACCCCAGCUGUGUUUUUGCUGUUUAUGAUUCUUUGGUUUCACUACACAAGUGUGCAAUGCCAAGAAAAAAGUGGUGAAGCUCCAUCUCCUUCUAAAUCAGAAGAAGGUGAUAAUGGGAUUAAAAGAAUCAUCCUUAGCAUUGUUUUAGGAAUAUUGACUGGUUUGAUUGCAUCCAUUCUUUUUGCUUAUAUAGUUAGAUGCUUUUAUGGUUACAUGAACCAGACACCAAUUCUCAAGGGGCCUGUUUUAUUUUCACCAAAAAUUGCUCCCAAGACACUCCAAGCAGCUCUAGCAAAUGAGAACCAAUUGCUAGGCUCAAGUCCUAAUGGAAAGUACUACAGAACUGUUCUUGAUAAUGGGCUCACAAUUGCUGUGAGAAGGCUGGAACCCUUUGAGAGUGGUGGUUCACCUGAGAAACCGAACAAGGCGGCAAAGAGACGGAUUCAACAACAGCUGGAAGUUCUUGCUAGCUUGAGACAUAGAAAUCUGAUGAGUUUACGAGCUUAUGUUCGCGAAUCUAAUAGGUUUUAUUUAGUUUAUGAUUAUGUGCCAACUGGGAGUCUUGAGGACGUUGUGAAUAGAGUUAGAGAGAAUCAGUUGCAGCUUGGAUGGGAAGUUAGGCUUAGAAUUGCGGUUGGAGUUAUUAAGGGUUUACAGUAUCUUCAUUUUACUUGCAAUCCUCAGGUUUUGCAUUAUAAUUUGAAGCCUGAAAAUGUGGUGUUGGACGCUGAAUUUGAGCCUCGGCUGGCAGAUUGCGGGUUGUUGAAUUUAAUGCCAGAUUUUGAUGGAGCAACUUCUGCUUAUAGUGCUCCAGAAUGUUUCCAAAAUCACAGUUACACGGACAAGAGUGAUGUCUUCAGCUUUGGGAUGAUAUUGGCUGUUCUAUUAACUGGUAGAGACCCCACUGAUCCAUUCUUUGGCGAAGCAGCCAGUGGGGGAAGUUUAGGGCGGUGGCUUCGGCAUUUGCAGCAAGCAGGGGAGCCACGAGAGGCACUCGAUAAAAGUAUUCUUGGAGAGGAAGUUGAGGAAGAUGAGAUGUUGAUGGCAGUGAGAAUCUCUGUUGUCUGCCUAUCAGAUUCACCUGCAGAUAGGCCUUCCAGCGAUGAGCUCGUCCCAAUGCUGACUCAACUGCAUAGUUUUUGAUCAAUAUGUAAGUAAUUCAUUCAAAACCAAGUCCUCAGAUUUUCGAAAUCGGGUAUUCUGGUCUGCAAUCCCUGUCAAGUUUAGUUUAGAUUAUAUUUUAAAGAUUUCAUGUUCGAUUUCUGUACACGACUAAUGUAAUGUAGAGUUCUAACAGGAUGAACUUGAUCAUUUUGGUCAUAUAAAUGUGAUUGUGGGUGAGCCACAUUAUUGUGUUUUCUCAAACAUCUAAUAGUGGUGGGGUUUUGUUGGCUAUCUUUAUGUAGACAAAACUUUAUUGAAAUCAGGAUUGCUUCUUCUUACAA